AUGACACAAGCCAUUUCGGGUGAUGCUAAACCCUCUCACAGUCAUGGACACUGCCACUCUCAUCACAAAGUGCACUCCGAAUGCGACUAUCCCCAGCCCCACCUACACAAUCACAGAUACUGUCAACAAGAUGAACCGAAGAUAAACCCUGAUGAAGUAAUUUCCAGAAAUCUCAGGCCUCUUUGGAUUGUCAUUCCUUUCCUCCUCCUUUUCCUACUCAAAGAAGCGGUGCUUCAUUCCACUGGCCUUUGGGUGUUAGUGUCGCUCUUUGUCAGCUCCUACUACCUCAACACGCGGCUUACUAACGCAACUCAGGGUUUUGAACCUCCUAUAUACGCUCUUGUGGCAUCAGUAAUAGUCUGCGCUACUCUCAUUUUUAUGCAUAAUGUUUGGAUCUUCAAGAAAAACGAAAUCUACCUCGGUUUGUUCUGCAUGCCGAAUGCUAUUCCAAGCAGCGAUUGGGUUUCCCUCCUGUGGGCGGUGAUAGUGGUGGACUUUAGUCUCAAGAUAAUCACCAUCUUCAUCAAAUCCGUCCUUAUCUAUUUCUCUCCGCGCUUCUUUCACAUUUCGACACGAAAUGCUCUUAAAUGCUGGCUCAAAGUGUAUACCAUUCAAAGGCUACCAAACACAUCGGUAAAUACGUCACCACUUUCCCCUUGUCUCUUUCAGAGUGCCAUUCUCGUGUGGAUGGAGUUCAUCUCUCAGUUCUAUCGCAGCGUUCCACCCGCGGUGACGUGGAUCCGCCAUCUCACCGACGGCCUCACUCGCUCACUCGGUUUUCGAAUCGUCUUCUGCCUUCUCUACAUUCUUCUCAAGCCCUAUCAAACUAAUGUGGUGAGCUCGUUGGAGGACCAGGAGUUGUGCAACCUCUGCUUAGAGAAGCGCAGCAGGGAUGUCGCUAUUUUGGGAUGCAAUCACACCUUUUGUCGAAACUGCAUAGAUCGGUGGUUGAUACACUUCGACGAGUGCCCCUUAUGCUCGCACCCCCUCGGGGGAGAAUUGAGGGCCUGGCGCGACGGCUCAACCUCUGCUCUUGUCCACUUCUUCUAG